UCAAUAUCUAUCAAUGUUGGAUCCUUUGUCGUGUCGGUGGAGAUAAGGAAAAUAAUAUGGCACGGCUAAAGGGUCGGUGGAGCGUCGCACGCACACUGCCUUUGUUCCUUGGGUCGGUGUUAGCUGACGAACGCCCCCAGUUCAUAUGUGAAGGAAAGUUAAGGCUGCUGACUCUAAUUCAUCUCUAUCGAUAGCCGGGAUCCCUCAAGCAUACCAGGGCAUAUGUCUGAGGGAUCCCCACAGGAAUGAAGGAAGGCACCUUUAAGAAAGCAGACCGAAACCGAAAUAUGUAGGGAAGAAGAUUGCGCAGGGAAAGAAUGUAACAUUACUGUUGCGUGCAUUUUUUUUUGUUUGUCUCGGAAAAACAAGUCCGCAUCAAGACGCUUACUUUACUAGUUUCUUUCAUGCACGACUACAAUUCAUUGAGUGAAUGUCCAGUACUAGGCAUACCAUGCUGAUGUUGAACAACUGCUCGAUGAAUCUCAAGGUCGCGAUUGUACUUGGGGCGAGUGGUUGGAGUGGGGACCGCCAAGCUGCUUGGGACUGUGCGAGAGGCAUAGGGAAGUUGCGGAGCAUAAUAACUAUUGCGGGAAGCCUUGUAGUGGUCCCUCGACGGAGACCAAAUUUAAGGCUUGCCAUAUAAUUCAUCUCGAACAAGACUUCUAAGAGGUAUUUUUGAGAAUGACACUCUUAGAAGGAGGCACCUUUGCCACGUUUUCUCAGGGGCGAAAACACAUGAAAAAAGACUUCCAAGCAGGUGAAUUUUUUAGGUAAGAGUCUAAAGAAUCAUGUCCCUCAGACUGCGAGCCUCCUCCUGUGGACUGCGACGCUUCAGAAUGGGGUCAAUGGAGUCAAUGCUCAGAGCUGUGCGGUGGUGGACAGACAUUCAGGGAACGAAAAGUACUUCAUAAGAUUUUUGUUCUGGUGAAGGUAGAUGAUCAUUCUAUCUGCUCACAAGUGCUUCUAGGGGUUCAAGUACUACUAGAGGCUGGCUCUUGAUGCAUGACGAGUUUAUCAUAAUAAAUAGGACACUCAAUUUGAAUGUGAAUCCACAGAAUCAAAGUUCAACUUACAGGUGGUGCAAUUUCCCGAACGAAACGGCAAGCCAUGCAAUUUUGAGCUGAAGCAAGUGAAAGCAUGCAAUACCCAAGUAUGCAACGAGCCACAGCAUUGCAAGCUUUCGCAGUGGGGCACGUGGGGAGAGUGCUCUCAGUCGUGCAAUGGUGGCACGCAAGAACGAGCUAGGACAGUCAUAGCGACAGCGAUGUUUGGUACUUGAGUUGAGAUUUUUGCACGUGGUGUAUUGAAGCAAGGUAGACUGCUUAUUUUCAUGAUAUGAUGAAAUAUUUAUAGAAUAUUUUUCAUUUACUUUUACAACAUUCACACCAAAAUACUCUAUCAGGAUGAGCAUCCUCCUCCUUCUCCUCCUCCUGACUCGUGAAUCAUUGCCACCAGGCGGCAUCCCUUGUCAAGGCGACUUGAAGGAGAUUCGUUUGUGCAACGAUGUAGUUUGCAAGGACCCGAUUGACUGCGUAUGGGCGGACUGGGGUGACUGGAGUGCGUGCAGUGCUAGUUGUGGUGGUGGCGAGAGAACAAGACUACGACUCAUAGAGCAAUCGCCUCGUAGCGGUGGACAGUGCUGCGAACCCAAUGACAUGGUCGAACUUGAAGUCUGCAAUACCCAGGUAUUUUCAAGGAUGUCAAGAGGAUUUUCACUUCUACUCAAACAAGAAACGCAGGAGCUGCAACAAGAUGACAACUUCUUCUUGACCGUCUUCACAACAACUCCAAACACAGCCGUGUGGUGAAAUAGUCGACUGCACAUUUUCGGAGUGGGGUUAUUGGUCCGAUUGUUCUUCCUCUUGCAAUGGAAUCAAGACACGGACCAGGCAAAUAGACGCGUAUCCAUUCGAAGGAAAGGCAUGUGAAGGAGGCCUAAAGGAAGUGAAGCCGUACCACUUUGUAAGUAGAAAAUUUGAGGAGAACAGAAUCGAAAAUCGAUCGAUGAGGAUUUUCAGUUAUUCUUGAAAAGAAAUACUGGCACGUUUGCUCAAGAACUGUUUUAUUAUCUUCACAGAUCAACAUGAUAGUCGUAGUCCUCGAAUCCGAUUUCCAAUUGCCAUGACAAAAAGCCUAAGGGUAGAAGUGUUGUACUUUUCUACUUCCCACACUGACCAGAUGCAACGACGGUUUGGAGCACUGUGGCCUACCGGAAACGCCAGACCCCGUAGACGGUACGAUGAGUGAGUGGAGCGCCUUUGAUGCCUGUAGCGCGACCUGCGGGGGCGGGUAUCAAACGGAGCGUCGCGAGCUUCUUUCUAGUGCAAAGUAUGGUGGCAAAGCAGUACAGGGAGAGCUCGUCAGGGUCAAACGUAUUAGAUAUUUGCUGUUUGCGCAUAGCUUUAAAAAUCGUUUACUGUCUCCGUACAUUGAAGAAACCUCCGCGCUUUACAUUGAUUGAUUCCGGCAUCUAUCUUCCAACCUAACAACAGCCUGCAAUACGCAACCAUGCGCGCCUGAGCAGCAUGAGGCAGUAGACUGCAAGUACGGGGAAUGGGGAUAUUGGAGUUACUGCAGUGCAUCGUGCAACGGUGGGCAGAAAAUGAGGAGUCGAGAAGUAGAACAAAUGGCCAAUAAAUGGGGAGCUCCUUGUCCUAGGGAGGGCGCUCUGCAGGUCACCGAAUGCGGUCAGAAACCAUGUCCAUGUCAAGACUGCGUUUGGGGUAAUGAACUAUUAUGAUUGUGUUUUACUUUUAUCCGUAGGUUGUAAUUUGCAUGAUCAUCUAGAAGAAGUACAUUUAUUCAGAGGUUGUUUGCAUGAUUUAGAACUACAUUAACGUAGCCGACCUAGUAAACGUCACAACCGAUUGCUCGCUUGAUGUUCACGGGGCACUUUCGUAGAUCAGAUUCAUUCUCGUCCAGGUGAUUGGUCCGCGUGGGGCGCUUGCACUUGCUUGGGAUUGCGUGAGCGACAUAGGUCAAUAUACACACAUAGGGAUGACUGCGGUCAGCCUUGCACUGGAGCAAAGGUGGAGUCAGAAUCCUGCACCCCAGACUGCAUCAAGGAUCCUGUUGUUAUGUUCUAGAUACAUGAUCGGAAAUGUUAAUGUUUAUAGUAUUUUCCAGUAACCACCACGUCGUUCACGUUCUUGAAAUUGUAGUGUGAUCUACUCGUACUCCCCCAGUCCUGACACCAGCAGUUUUUCAUAAUAUAUUCUCACCCUUUAUCCCCUUUUCUCACCCUUUAUCCACUUUAUUGUCAGGUGCCGGGCGGACUCGUUGUGCAGGAUUCACAACCUAACCUAACCUUCAUGCAUAGUUUAAUGCGUAAUGAGCGAUCUUAAAUCCUCUGCCUUCAUCUCCUUUUCAUAUCAUAUUGCGUAAUGGGCGAGUGGAGCUACUGGAGUGAAUGUUCGGCCGACUGCGGAGGUGGCCAGCAUUUUCGAACUCGAGAAAUAGAAGUCCCAGAAAAGCAUGAAGGCAGGCCCUGUAGCGACCAGAUGACAAAGGAGACGAGGCCGUGCAACGAGUAUGGCUGAAACAUGUGUAGUUGUCACCUAGAAAGAUUUAGAGGUAGGUUUUUGGUGCUCGCUUACCCCGCUUUUUAUGCCUUUCUUCCUUAGGAGAGGCAUAAAAAGCGGUAAGAAAAGCACCUUUAGCCUACCCUUAAGAUGAUCAUGAGGCCAUUUAACGAGUAUGGCUGAAACAUAUUUUUGUUUAGUUGUCACUCAUCUGUAUCUGAAGCCGUCUGAAAUAAAGUUACUCGGUUCUAAAUCAACGAGGAAAAGGAUCUAGUACUAGUAGGUACGUGCGUCAAAAUAGCUUAGCUUAAUUCCACCUGGCACGAUGUGCAAUUUUUUCUCUCUCUGCGUAGUUGGUUCCCUUCCUGUUCCUGCUAUUGAGCCCGUCUAUCUUUCAUAUCCUGGACGCCUGCAAAGAGCCUGUAGACUGCGUCCUAGCGGAAUGGUCUUAUUGGACAAGCUGCUCUGCUACCUGUGGCGGCGGUCAGAAGUACAGAACAAGAGACGUUUCCGCAGCGGCUGAAGUUAGGGCUCAUCAGCCAUAUUUUUCCGAAUCAUCGGUGGAUCGAUCUUGGGUUAGUUGUAACGAAAAGCUUUUACCUCUAGAGUCUUUCUUUAGAAAGGUACAAGUUGUGGUUGAACGGCCUCCGUAACGUUUGCAUAAUGGAAAAUGAGGCUCCAUGACAUGACAUGACAAGAUGAAGCAUCGAGUCGAGAGCUCUAAUGAAGCAGGCGGCAAGCCAUGCGAAGGAAGCCUGAAAGAGGUUGAAUCAUGUGCAUCUGACCCAUGCAUCGAGCCGGUUGAUUGCGUCUGGGGGGAAUGGACUGAGUAUUCCUGGUUCAAGUUUAGAACUGCUGCUACGAAUAAGGUCACCCGCCAAGAAGCGACUAGUUUAUUAUUUCUCCUCCUACAUCAUUCAUCUCAUCGGUCAUGAUUACUUUCUCACUCAUCAGCUCUCCCUCAUCUUCUCUCCUGGAUUCACUCCCCACAGAUACGGCGCAUGCUCUGCCACGUGCGGCGGCGGGCAAAAAACUCGGGAUCGGGAGAUUGCGGUAGCGCCAAGAUUUGGCGGAAAACUGUGUGAUCCUAAGGUGAAGGAAGAAGUAGCACCAUGCAAUCAGGAGAAUUGCGACCUCGCGUGCAUCGAUGGCCAGUGGGAUGAAUGGGGUGAAUGGAGCACCUGCACUGCGACCUGUGGAUCCGGAUUUCAAUGGAGGUAUUUCAAUCUUCGAGUACUUGAUGGAUUUAACGCGAAUGAUCUGUGACGUUACAGUGAACAAGUCACAACUUCUAAAAUCUUUUUGCGUCUUCGCAGAUUGAUGUAGUCUUGGGACCACGUGUGAAUGAUAAUGUCUCCUCCAAUGUCAGUCUCCUAACAAAUGUGUGAAUGAUCCUCUCAGAAACCGGGAGAUCCUCCAGCGACCGAAUGGCUGUGGAAAGCCGUUAGAAGGCGUUAAGCAAGAGAUGCAGCCGUGUCCCGGUCUCGAGCCGUGCGACCCAGAUGCUCGAGACUGUCUUCUUAGUUAUGCUCAUUGUUUUUUAGUAUGAUAUGUUCUUGUUCAGGUAGAAGGUUCUUAGUGUUUUGAUCCCUUCCAGGUCUGUGUCAAGUCCAUGGGAGAAGAACGAUGAUUAUGCAGAGGAGACUACUCUUGGUGGGAUUCAUGCAAAUGGGAGAACAAGGAUUUUAGAUGACUGCACUUGCGGGGAUUCGAACUUUUCUCUGAGAUGCGACUGUAAAUGAAUGUAGAUAUUACUAGUACCGGAUGACCUCACAGGUAGACAUGUACAGCUACAAACGAGGUUCCAUGACAUGGCAUGGCCAUUCUUCUAACGCAUUGAGUGGACAGAAUGGGGCGAUUGCUCCUGCACAUGCAAUGGCGUUAGAGAUCGUUCGAGGCGGAUCGAGGUUGCAGCAAGAAAUGGUGGAAAGCCAUGCACUGGACAUUAAGGACGAUUUUUUAUCCAAUCGUUCUUCGUCUUAGACUAAUGGUUCUCUUCCAAUGCACCAUUAGUAUUGAUAAAAGUUUGUUUUUUUUUUGGCUCGAGGAUUGGAUACUAAAUGAAUGAAGCUCUCGUGGUUGUCCUCUCAGAAUUAGUCCUUCCAACUGACGUCAAAGUUUCAUACCAACUGAAUAAAUUAAGUGAUGUGGUUAAUUAUAUGGUACAACUAGAUUAUUUACAAUUAUUCUUUUUUCCUCCACUUGGUUCUAAGCAAGAGCUCUGAAGGAAAUUGAGCCGUGCAAUGUAGAAAGCUGCGAUGUUUUUGAUCCUGUAGACUGCGUUAUGGGUGAUUGGGGUUAUCCGGGUGAGUGCUCAGCAACGUGCGGUGGUGGUGUGCUAGAAGUCAAGAGGGAAGUUUUGGUAUCUAUCUCUACGCCAAGAAUUACUUAAGUACUUUGAGCUUAAUGUCUAGUACUUCGAUUCGGCAGUUUGCACACCAAAUGCUGGUCGUUUGACUUUCUACUACAACUGGAUCAAAAACACAUCUGGGGUCACAAAUUUACUGAUUUAGUUAGGCGUGCUCCACCGAUAUAUACUACAACUGAGAAUUGUCAUAACCAAAGUUAUAUCCUCGUCUGCAAUGAAUUGUCACAAUCAAAACCCAGGUCUUCCCAAAGAAUCAAGGGAAAGGCUGUGCAGGGCCACUAAGUAGGAUAGAGCCUUGCAACACCCAGAGAUGUGAUUCGAGAGUGGACUGCAGAUGGUCAGAAUGGAGCGAGUGGGGAGAAUGCACCGCGCAAUGUGGCGGAGGUCAGAAAUCAAGGUAUCGAAGGGUCGAAGACCUUCCAAAAGAUGGAGGCACUGAGUGUGCAAUGGAAAAUUUAUGAAGAUUCUCUUAAAUAACUACUGAUUUACUCAUCUAAACUUUCUGGAUUAAUACUACCUCAUCUGACUUCUGUCUAAGCGUAUGUAACUAGUCCUCCUUGUUCGUUUCUUCUUCCCUUUUUGAGACUCAAAAAUACUCUUUACUCUCUUCUUGCGCUGUGAUCUCAUCAAUGCAACAAAAUCUGUGAGCUUUUGUCACCUUUCAUUCUUCGCCGUAGAGGAAGCAGCCUGCAACUUGCAAGCGUGUGGAAAGCAGUAUUGGUGUGCGUGGCAAGAAUGGUCGCCCUUCACCGAAUGUAGUGUGUCAUGCGGCGUAGGAACGAAAAAGCGACAGCGUUCUCUUGUCUCGACCACAGACAAGCCGCCAAGUGAAGUGAGCGUCAUAGUGACAGGUACGACUAUGCCUACAUUUGUUCCAUUUUAUUCUUAAAUUGGUCUAAUUAGAUGUAAAAAAUGAGAGUCAAUUUUUUUUACUGAUCAUGAUGGAACCAAUACAAUCGUUAGAUCAUGUAUCGACUAUUUACGUACCGAUCAUAAUCUUCAGUUCUCUAGUACGGAGCUACAAUGAUCAUGAAAAAUGUGCUAUGCAGUAUCUACUGUAUGAAAAAUGUACUGUAGAUGCUGUGUUGUAAAACAACCGGGAUUCUGUUUCUCUCUCUCUCGCACGUCUUCUGCCUCGCACAGGUAUCCUGGACUCCGUUUUCCGAACCGAUGUCGGGGUACUCAAGUAUAGCGCGUCACAUCUGAUAGUAACUUUCCUAGCUGGUCUCGCUACGACCGUGGUUGCACUAUUACUAAUGACAAGAGUCUCAAGGCUCUUUAGCGGACCGAGCGCGCCUCUAAGGAAUGGUCGCGCUGAGACGCUUCUGGAAAUGGCGUCGGCUGUGGAGUAAGUUGAGUUAUAAUCUACUUACCACCUACCCACCUUCACAAUCACAAGAACCAUAACCAAUAGAAUAGACAAAUUCAAAUUCUUUCAGUUCUAGAAAUUAGUAUCUCUGCCUACUACUGCUAUUUGUGCACUUCCACUUGGAUUUGAGAAAUUAGUAUUAGACCCCACCCCACCCUAGCAAUGCAAAUCGCGUUCCCAGCGCGUUUUUUUUUGACUCGUUAUCUUGAUUUAGUAGCCUAAUUUUCCUUUCUUGGCAUGCUGCACUCUUGGUCAAACAAGAGGCCUAGACAAGAACACCACUCAAGCAAUUCCAUCCGCUAAUGGACAGAAGGUUUUAGUUUCCAGGGCAAUGUACCAGGACUAGCUCACUUGCCUAAGGUCUGACUUUGCCUUUGAUGGUCCCCUCGAUAGACUUACGAAUUAAGCUUUUCAAAACCUGCGACUGUCACAAUUAAAGCCUGCGAAUGUUUUUACUUCCAUUGUUCAGGAAAGGGCCUGUGACGAGUAGUGUAUCUCACUAUCACACAUGACGUAGAAACAAGACAUGAGCUCAUGGGAACAAAAAAGAUGCCGAAAAAAUUCAUACUUUCUAAUAGGAGGUCGGUGAUGGCUUACAGUCAUUUUCGGAACACACAGUCAUUUUCGAAAUUUUUGAAACCUGUUACUGCAACUGAAUAUGUUAAGACAAUGGCCAUCUUAACCUUGUUGUAGUUUUUUUUGCAGAGAAAGAAACAUGUGGUCAACCCGCGCUGCCUGAUCCCACCUUCGCGAAGGAAAGACAUGCUUAUGAUGUUGAUGCGACUCAUGCAGUUUUAUACAUGGUAGUUUAGCCUCCAAUCCGGCUGGUCGCAUCUGCACUGUGCUUCAU